AUGACCUCUGCCGAGCGGCCUGCCAGUCAGGGCAAGCGACGACAUUCGGUUCAGACUCGUCACGACUUCGUUGCUGUAACUUCAGGACAACAGAAACGUCGACAAAGUGUCAUCACGCCAGACGAGUCUGAUAUAUCUGUCAACUUUAGCGCCACCACGGCUGACAUCGGUCGUUACACGACACAGGAGCUAUGGGCCGGUCUUGCCAUUUUCAAGAAGAAUGACAAGGAGGUUUCAGUUGGAAUAGCAAUCCACGAUGGAACCUAUAGUGUGGACUUCGCGGUUCACCAGGUCUCUGUAGUUGAGGGCGACAACGUUGAUGAACACAGCGGUACAAUCGAAAAUCAUGUUAUUGGAAGCCUUGCCACCUAUCGAAAAGAGCAUGUUUGUAAGCUACUAGGCGCAGGUGUGACUGUUGAGCUUGAUUCUGCUGCUCCCAAACUAUGCUCGCGAUUGUGGGCUGAGCUGGAUAUCGUCCCCGUCGUUUUCAAGAGCACUUCCAUACUCGAUGACAAUACUCCAAUUGAGAACGUGGAUGAGCUUGCAGACUCGGCAGCACGCAAGUGUUUAGCCACCUUUGCACCUACAAAGCAACCACGUAUUGCCAUCAAUCAUCACAAUGAAGUACAAGUUGAUAUAGCUGGACAGAUCCAUCUUGCAACGGCAGAGCAGUAUCAAAAAUCUGUACGGGAGCCAACAUGGAAUGCCGUGCAGAAACACAUCAAGGCUGUCAAGGACAAGAAUCUACGCAUCGUCUUCUUCAGUGCCACACCACAAGGUGGUGGUGUCGCCUUGAUGCGACAUGCACUGUUACGCUUCGUUCGCCAGCAGGGUGUACAUAUGGAAUGGUUUGUGCCAAAACCGAGACCAGAUGUCUUCCGUAUAACUAAGACUAACCACAAUAUCUUGCAAGGUGCUGUACCACCUGAUGUCCGCGCAACCGAUGAACAGCUGUCCAAAAUCAGUGAUUGGAUUACAGAAAAUGCAAAAAGGUAUUGGCUGCAGGAAAAGGGCCCUUUGAGGCCGCGAACUGAGGGAGGAGCUGAUGUGAUCAUUGUUGACGAUCCACAAAUGCCGCAACUGAUCUCUAUCGCCAAAGAGCAGGAUGAGCAACGACCAAUUCUUUUCCGAAGCCAUAUCGAGGUUCGAGACGAUCUUGUGCAGGACGAAGGAAGUGCUGCCGCUCAUGUCUGGAAGUAUAUGUGGCAGAACGUCCGGAAAGCCGACAUGUUCAUCAGUCAUCCAGUCCGCACCUUCGUUCCUAGCGAUGUUCGCCCAGAAACACUCGCUUGGUUGCCAGCGACAACAGACUGGCUCGACGGCCUGAACAAGGACAUGCAAGACUGGGACGUCAAGUACUACUUGCACAUCCUCCGGCAGCAGUGCCAACAGCAAGGCAUGCCACAACUAGCAUAUCCGAAACGUCCCUACAUUACACAGAUAGCUCGUUUUGACCCAUCCAAGGGCAUCCCUGAUGUGAUCAAGAGCUACGGAAAACUCAGAAAGAUGCUCAAGGACUCCGACGUAUCUCUCAGCAAAACCCCACAGCUUGUGUUAUGCGGCCAUUCCUCGAUCGACGACCCUGACGGUUCGAUGAUCUUCGACGAAACCAUGUCCUUGAUCAAAGACCAGUUCGCCGAAUUCCGAGACGACAUAAUCGUCGCGCGUCUCGGACCAAGUGACCAAAUGCUCAACGCCAUUAUGUCCAUGGCGAAAGUCGCCUUGCAGCUGUCGACGCGAGAAGGUUUCGAAGUGAAGGUCUCAGAAGCACUUCACAAGGGCAAGCCGGUCAUUGCAUCUCAAACUGGUGGAAUACCAUUGCAAAUCGAGCACGGCAAGAGCGGCUAUCUUGUGCCUCGGGGUGAUCAUGAUGGUGUCGCGAAGCACUUGUACGAUCUUUGCACAGAUGAUGAGCUGUAUCGGCGCAUGAGCGACUAUGCCAGAACUCAUGUGAGCGAUGAGGUGCACACUGUGGGGAAUGCGUUGUCAUGGCUAUAUCUCGCUUCGGCAGUCUCAGGGACGGAGAUGCUGCACCCGAAUAAGAGAUGGGUCAACGAUCUGGCUAGAGAAGCUGCUGAGCAGCCUUAUGGCAAGGACGAGCCUCGCCUGCCUCGUCAUUUGUCAACCUGA